AACAUUCAGUUUAGUAAAACACCACUGAGCAGUUAAAUAUGACAAAACACUAUUGUGUGAACAUUUUACAAGACCGUGUAACGCCUUUUGGACAUUUCAUUAUUUUCAAUUUGGUUAAAGACUGAAGUUUAGUUUAAUAAUACAAUAUAGAUUAGGUAGUGUUCAGAAUGUGUGUGAAGUGGGUGUGUUCUGUGAUACUGGUGCUGGGAGCUGUGGCCGCGGAGUCCAUACCCGAUGAGUUGUACUACCGGGCCCCGAGGAUGUUCCAGCUGGACGACUACAACAAGUGCCACUUCCAGGACGGCACCUUCUGCAUGGGCGAGUUCGAGAUCACGCCUGCGGAGGGGGGCGAACAACUGUACAGGCAGAUGCUGAAAGUGUCCGAAAGCGGGUUUCGCUUCAAUCGCUCCAAAAUCUUCCGAGGUGUAUGCUUGAGCUGGUGCGACAAAGACGAACAAGACCCAGCGACCAAGUUCGUGCGCUGCGUAGACCAAAACUUGCUGGAUAACUACCGACUACGCGCUCAUCUGUUACGUUUAAACUACUGCAAGACUAAAGAGACUGGAACAAGGCCUAAGGACUUCAGCGACUGGCUCCUGGCUGUUAUUGUGGUUCUUAUCCUGGUGUUAAAUGUCGUUGGAACUCUUUAUGAUUAUAAAAAGGACCCUACUAUCAUACCCAAUAAGUUUCUGAUGGCGUGGUCACUCCGAGAGAACUGGAAACGUCUGACGGCAGUUUACAGUGGAGACCAGAAACUGGACGCGCUGGCUCCCAUCCACGGCAUCAAGGCACACAUGAUAAUGCUGGUUGUCUUCUCUCAUACGACGUUUGGCUUGACCAUGGUGUACCCCAGUGACGAGAGGGUACUUGAUGACAACGGUGAUUCCUUGAAUGGGUCGCUGAGCACGAACGGCACGAUGACCGUGCAGACCUUCACCAUGAUCUCCAGCUUCCUGCUAGGCUACAUGAUCCUCACCAACUUCGACAAGGCCAAGAAGACGCCCAGCAUCAAGUACUGGCCGGCGAUCGUCUUCAGUCGGUACAUGAGGAUGGCGCCUCUGACGAUGCUGGUGGUAGGUCUGACAGCGACGUGGGCGGCGCGCUUGUCGCAGGGCCCCAUGUGGUACCUGGUGGAGGAGCUGGAGGCCGCGUGCCGCAAGAAGUGGUGGGCGCAACUGCUGUUCAUCAACAACUUCGUCUUUCCGGACGACAGGUGUCUCGUGCAGUCAUGGUUCUUCGCAGUGGAGAUGCAGCUGUUCCUGGGCGCGGUGGCGCUGGCGCUGCUGCUGGCGCCGCGGCCGCGCCGCGCGCUGCGCGUGCUGGGCGCGCUGUACGCGGCCGCGCUGGCCGUCAACUUCUCGCUCAACCUGGCCUGGGGCAUGGUGCCCGUCGUCAAGUUCGGAUCCAUUGAUAACGUGCGCACGAUGGCCGUCGGUAUCGACUCCUACGUGUGGAUGUUCUCUGCGACGUGGACGAGCAUCCCGUCCACGCUGCACGGCCUCUUCCUCGCCUUCCUCAAGUACAAUCUCGAGAAGUCGGGCUUCAAAGCCGAGAAGCAUAAGUGGAUCGGCAAGCUGCUAUGGCUGAUGGGCCUCCUGAUGACGGUCUGGAUGCUGAGCGGUCACUUCGUGAAGGAUAUAGACGACCCCUUCUGGCUGGCGGUGUUUGCUACUAUCGACAGAAACAUUUGGAACAUCAUGGUCACUUACCUCGUCUUCGCGUACAUCCACGGCUACGGCGGUCUAGUGAUACAGUACCUGCGCUGGGGCGGCUUCCAGAUCAUGGGCCGCGUGGUGUUCCCCAUCAUGCUGAUCCACUGGCACAUCAACCUCAUGAGCCCUGCCUCCUCGCCGAUACCCGUCUUCUAUAAUAUUUAUCACAUUGUUUUGCAUUUCUUUUCUGGGCUGGUGAUGUCCACGCUCCUGGCCGUGCCGCUGCAUCUGCUGGCCGAGCUGCCCAUGCAGAAGAUGCUGAGCUGAAUGCCGUGGUCGCCUACCACGGCAUUCUUAGAAAGAUUAACGACGUACACGCGGAGCUUAUUUCUUAUUUUAAUUAUUGAGCUUAUUUUGUGGUUAGUUAUGUUUGGUAUUUUAGUUACAAUGUUAGUAUUUUAAUAAGUAGGUCUAUUGGUAUUCAUUAUGUAAAAAUAUGUAAAUAACAGACUGAACAUAGAAAACAAAUUUAAAAAAUAAAACUAAACACGAUAACGACAUCGUCUAUUGAUUCUGUUA